AUGUCUGACAACGGUGCUUCCACUCUCAAGUCCUAUGUCGACUCUGCCACUGGCAUGGUCCAGAGCGCCGUCGGUGCCGUGACUGGCAACUCCGCCACCAAGGCUGAAGGCGAUGCCUCGCAGCAGAAGGCCGCCGCCGAACACGACGCCAGCCACACCACCGCCAAGCUAGGCCCCUUCUCCGCCGACCCCAACACUGGCGCGACAGCCAAGGACCGUGAGCAGCGCUCCACAGGCGCCUGGGACCAGACUGUCGGUUCCGCGAAGGAGUCCCUGGGCAACCUGAUCGGCAACGAGAACCUGCGCAAGGAGGGCGAAAACCAGAACCUACGUGGAAAGGGUGCCGAGGCUGAAGGACAGCUGAAGGAUUUUGGUGAGGGUGCUGCUGAUCGCUUGCAGGGUGGUCUUGGAAAGGUCGCUGCUGCUGCUACUGGCGAUCGCGCUGAGGAAGCGAAGUGGACUCAGGUUCAUGAUGAGGGCAAGGUGAAGCAGAGAGGCGCCGAGCUUGAUAUGCAGAAGCAUGCUUAG